AUGGUUCGUUGGAUCAUGCCAACUCGAUCUUUCGUGGCUUAUCAGGCCCUGGUGUUAACCAUUGGCGUAGGCGGACUGGUCAGGUGUGACGGCAGUAAAUGCUUCAUUCCCCCAGAAGAGGAGCCAUCUGGCUUGCCAGAGUUCUUGAGUCAAUGUGGCCAGGCGGCCGCUGUUGCUCUGCGUCUGGCUGGUGCUGACCUGCCUGUACUGCAGGAAGAUUCUUUGGCAAGCUGCAUAGCGAUGUCAGACAACUUUGUGGGCGUUGCAUUUGGGGACAGCGCUUGUGGCUUCUGCCCAGAGGCCUGUGGCGUGGCCUUGUUGUUGCAGGGCCUUGCAGCAGAGUUUGUGGAGACUGCACGCUGUACUCAAACCCUCCUCUUGUUGGUCCGCGCCUAUUCCUUCCUUGCAGAUGGAGAAGAGCUUACGGAGCCUGCAGAGCCUAGCAGGGCGGUUUCUAGUGAGGACGUGGAUGCCCUUGCGGAGAUGGUUUUUGUGAGGCGAGGGCAAUGUGCGGCAGCUCGCCGACGGGAGCUGACAACACUUGUGCUUCCGCCUCCUGCGUUGGCACGGGCUGGAGGUCCUGGCUUCGGCAGCUUUGCAGGAGCCGGUGGCCAGGUGGCCCUGCUGGUGGCUGCAACACCGAAUCAGAUUCACACUUACCAACCUUUCUUGAACCUCUGGAGAUGCUACGCCCUCCGACAUGGUUUAGCCUUCAUCUUGGAGACUGAUGACACAGAGGUCAGGCCUCCUCAUCAUCGUGCUCCUAAUUGGUUGCGCUGGUUCACAGCAAAGAAAUAUCUCAGCUACUACAAGGCACUCCUGAUCGUGGAUCCCGACCAGUUCGUGGUGCCCGAAUGCUGGAAUGUGUCAAUCCCUGCUGUUCUGGGAGCAUGGGCCGGUGGCCUUUAUGGAUCUCCCGACGUCGCCACUCGUGAUUUCGGACGGCCACAGACCCUGAACAAUGGGGUCGUGCUGAUUCGAGCAUCGAAACGUGGACACUUCUUUUUGGAUCUCCUCCUGGAGAAGGCGGCUUGGAUGCAGAACAUCGAGAAGGAUCAAGGGGCCUUUGAUGAGACCGUGCUGGAAGUUCUUGGCAUGGAGGCCGAAAAGCGCGGUGAGGAAGGCUACGACUCUGAAUGCGCACAGUACGUUUGGCCCAACGCCAAGGGCAACCACGAGAUAGCGCUGUAUGCACUUUGCUGGUGGCGAACGGCCGAACGAUUGGCAGGGCCGUUUGGCGCGAGGCGAUCAAUGUUUUUUCGAUUCGCCGACCCACGCCUGGUGGAUGUGAACCACGUAGUCGGUGCGCGAGGCCUGUCCGAGUCGGCUGUUCUGCACCAUUUCGCCGGCCGGUCCAAAGACUGGGAUUUCAUGCUUGACACUUUCGGCAUGGCGCGGCGCAACACAGGAAACUGCCAGCGCGUGUUCGAUCACGUUGACGAACAAGCAGCCGUGAAGCGGUGCAUGCCUGGCGGGCCACCCGUGAUGGAGUGCGAGCCGCCGAUGCUUGUGUGUUGA